CUGGGAGCAUUGUCUCUUUAAAGGAAAGUACAAGCCCCUCAUGCUGGCCGCUACCACAGCUGGCUUCUCCUGCUCUGCCCAGGGUCCUUGUGGAUUGGGGUGACCUGGCCCUGGCUCCUGUCCAGGGCCUUAGGGGAGGACCGGGGAGAACCCUGCAUUUAGUGACUGUCUGGUGCAGCCCUCACUGGUGAAAUUCCAAGGGGCCUGAAGAGAGUGAGCGCCAGACUCCAGCCGGUACCGCAAGCUAACACUUCACCUCUGCGCGGCCAGUCAGCCUCCGGACACCUCUGCACAGGAGGCGAGACCCGAGAGCAGCGGACCAGGGGCUUCAGGGACUCCCAAGUUCAGUCUCUUACCCAGAACUGUAUGGUCCAGGUCCAGGGCUUGCCUUUGGCUUUUCUGCUGCCCAGAGGAAGGACAACACUUUACCCAGUCUAGAGGACUUUACAAUCAAGGACGAAGGCCUCAGUCAUCAGCACAACAGCCGGCUCCCCUAUAGCAUCCAGCAACCCCCCGUUUUUUGAGCGUCCCAGCCUCAGGACGCCUGAGCCUCAGUAAAACCAAGACAGGACCGCCCUGCUCAGGCUACCCAUUUUACAGAUUAGAAGACCGAGGCCCAGAGAGGGCGAUGAGUUACCUUCUGAUUCCUAGUUUACACUUUCAUUGAUUCCGGUCCCGGGGUUCCCCCUUCGGUUCCUUCCUUUGGAGAGAGCCCACUUCUGUCCAAAGCUGGCCCCAGCGUGUGGCGUGCGGAGAACUGUUAUUUAUUUGGCCUGCUCUUAAUGACGGCGCCUCACCUACCUGCCCCAAUCCGAGGAGGAGCCCUGGGCUGGAAUUUCCUGUUUUCUGAGGGUUCUGGGGGCUGCCCCAGCAGGCUGGUUCCCUGGCGCCGCCGUUCCUGGGUGUUCCAGGCCAGGCUUGCUGCCUCUCUCUCCUUGCUGGGCUGGCUUCCCGGCCUCUCCAGGUCUGGGCUUGCCCCUGCGCCGCGGAGGAGUUGUGCGACUCAGUCGACUGACGCCAGGUGCUCAGAGGCCCAGAGGCCGGAGGUCCGUGCGCUCCGGCCGCGGCCCCGGCCCGGGCCCCGCCCCGCGCCCCUCGCCAUGGGCCUGGCCCUUGCCCGCGGGCCCUGACCAUGGAGCAGGGCUGGCCGCUGGGGGACACCUACAGCCGGGAGCGGCCCGCCGUAUGCCGCCGCGCCCUCAGCGUCUGCGACUCACUGGACCUGCAAGGCGCCCCGGCCAGCCGCGCCGCCCCCGCCCUGCAGGCUGCCGUGUAUGCGGGGCGCGAGCAGACUGCAAGGCCGCGGAGCGUGUGUUCGGGAGGCCCGGCGCCUCCGCCCACCGGCGCCCGCAGCCUGCUGCUUGGCUUCCUGCGCCCGCGCCUCGGCCGCCGGGGCCCCUCCGACGGCCGUCCACCGGCCCCUGGGCCUGCACCCUCGGAGCGCCUGGGCUCGGCUGCACCCAGCCCUGUGCCCAGCCCCAAGCCGGCCCUGCGCGGCCACUCCCGGGGCAGCCAGGCGCCGCGGCCACGGCCCACGAGCAUGACGUUCCUGGAGGUGAACCGCCUGGAGCUGGCCGAGGCCGAGGCCGCGGGCGCCGGGCUGGGCCGCGCUGGCAGCGCCGGCUUCCUGCGGGGCGCCUCCUUGUGGAGCAGCCAGCGCUGGCAGGUGCUGCGCGGCGGUAGCGGGCGCGCCACCCCGGGCCCCCGGCGCGGCCUGUCGGCCCUGAGGAAGAGCUUCAGCUUCCGCCUGCGCCGCGGCCAGGAGAUCAGGCGCGCGGAGUCCGGGCUGCUGCCCCGGGCGCGCACCCGCAGCGACGGCGACGCCAGCUCCCUGGGCACCUUCCCCAGCCGCCGCGACUUGCUGCUGGGCGCCGAGGCCCCUCGCGGCGCCCCAGAGUCCGGCCGACCUCGCUCCGCCGCGGGCCUCUGGAAGCUGCUCACCAGCCGCUUCCGCCGGAGGGACCCCCCGCCGGAGCCCGCACCCGCAGAGCCGUUGUGGAGCCGCCGGGCGGCCAUGGCCCCUGGGCUCCUGGGCGCGCCAAGCGACUCGUUUGUGAACAGCCAGGAGUGGACCCUGAGCCGCUCGGUGCCGGAGCUUAAAGUGGGCAUUGUGGGGAACCUGUCUAGUGGGAAGUCGGCCCUUGUGCACCGCUACCUGACAGGGACCUAUGUGCAGGAGGAGUCCCCCGAAGGGGGUCGGUUUAAGAAGGAGAUUGUGGUGGAUGGCCAGAGCUACCUGCUGCUGAUCCGAGAUGAAGGCGGCCCGCCUGAGCUCCAGUUUGCCGCCUGGGUGGACGCGGUGGUGUUUGUGUUCAGCCUGGAGGAUGAGAUCAGCUUCCAGACCGUGUACAACUACUUCCUGCGCCUCUGCAGCUUCCGCAAUGCCAGCGAGGUGCCCAUGGUGCUGGUGGGCACGCAGGACGCCAUCAGCGCCGCCAACCCUCGGGUCAUCGACGACAGCAGGGCCCGCAAGCUGUCCACCGACCUGAAACGCUGCACCUACUACGAGACGUGCGCGACCUACGGGCUCAAUGUGGAGCGCGUCUUCCAGGACGUGGCCCAGAAGGUAGUGGCUUUGCGGAAGAAGCAGCAGCUGGCCAUCGGGCCCUGCAAGUCACUGCCCAACUCCCCCAGCCACUCGGCAGUGUCCGCCGCCUCCAUUCCCGCCGUGCACAUUAACCAGGCCACGAAUGGCGGCGGCAGCGCCUUCGGCGACUACUCGUCCUCAGUCCCCUCCACCCCCAGCGUCAGCCAGCGGGAGCUGCGCAUCGAGACCAUCGCCGCCUCCUCCACCCCCACACCCAUCCGCAAGCAGUCCAAGCGGCGUUCCAACAUCUUCACGUCUCGGAAGGGUGCCGACUUGGACCGGGAGAAAAAGGCUGCUGAGUGCAAGGUGGACAGCAUCGGCAGUGGCCGGGCCAUCCCCAUUAAACAGGGCAUCCUGCUGAAGCGGAGCGGCAAGUCCCUGAACAAGGAGUGGAAGAAGAAGUACGUGACGCUCUGUGACAAUGGUCUGCUCACCUACCACCCCAGCCUGCACGAUUACAUGCAGAACAUCCACGGCAAGGAGAUUGACCUGCUGCGGACGACGGUGAAAGUGCCAGGGAAGCGCCUGCCCCGAGCCACGCCAGCCACAGCCCCAGGCACCAGUCCCCGGGCCAACGGGCUGGCCUCCGAGCGGAGUAACACGCAGCUGGGCGGGGGCACAGGCGCCCCCCACUCGGCCAGCCGCCCCGAGGGGCUGCACCAGCGCUCCUGCUCCGUUUCCAGCGCAGACCAGUGGAAUGAGGCCGCUGCCUGGCCCGCAGCCAGUGGCUCAGCUGAGGUGCUCAGCUCCAGCCCCAAACUGGAUCCUCCCCCAUCUCCCCACUCCAACCGGAAGAAGCACCGGAGGAAAAAGAGCACCGGGACCCCCCGACCAGACGGCCCCAGCAGUGCUGCCGAAGAGGCAGAGGAGUCCUUUGAGUUUGUGGUGGUGUCCCUCACGGGGCAGACGUGGCACUUCGAGGCCUCAACGGCGGAGGAGCGGGAGCUGUGGGUGCAGAGCGUGCAAGCCCAGAUCCUCGCCAGCCUGCAGGGCUGCCGCAGCGCCAAGGACAAGACUCGGCUGGGGAACCAGAAUACAGCGCUGGCUGUGCAGGCCGUCCGCACCGUUCGUGGCAACAGCUUCUGUAUCGACUGUGAUGCCCCCAAUCCGGACUGGGCCAGCCUGAACCUGGGUGCCCUGAUGUGCAUCGAGUGCUCGGGGACCCACCGACACCUGGGGGCCCACUUGUCCCGGGUCCGUUCCCUUGACCUCGAUGACUGGCCACCUGAGCUGCUGGCUGUCAUGACCGCCAUGGGCAACGCCCUGGCCAAUAGUGUCUGGGAGGGGGCCCUGGAUGGCUAUGCAAAGCCAGGGCCUGAUGCCUGCAGAGAGGAGAAGGAGCGCUGGAUACGGGCCAAGUACGAGCAGAAGCUAUUCCUGGCCCCACUGCCGAGCUCGGAUGUGCCACUGGGGCAGCAGCUGCUCCGGGCCGUGGUGGAGGACGACCUGCGGCUGCUGGUGAUGCUUCUGGCACACGGGUCCAAGGAGGAGGUGAACGAGACCUACGGGGAUGGGGACGGGCGCACAGCUCUGCACCUGUCCAGUGCCAUGGCCAAUGUCGUCUUCACUCAGCUGCUCAUCUGGUAUGGGGUGGACGUGAGGAGCCGGGACGCCCGGGGCCUGACCCCGCUGGCCUACGCGCGCCGGGCUGGCAGCCAGGAGUGCGCAGACAUCUUGAUCCAGCACGGCUGCCCGGGGGAGGGCUGUGGCCUAACACCUGCCCCCAACAGAGAGCCGGCCAACGGCACCAGUGCCUCUGCUGAGCUGCACCGAAGUCCGAGCCUCCUCUAAGGCCCAGGAAGAGCACAGCAGGACUCCAUACCCUGGGCACUUUCCUGCCUACAGGCACUGGGGGAAACAAAGGCACAGAGACUGAGUCCUAGGGACACACGGAAAGGAAGAGGGAGAGGAACCAGGAAAAGAGCUAAAUGAGGGCAGAUGGAUCAGAACAGAAGUGCGGGACUUGAACUGCAGCCUCAAGGGAGUGGAGGGGCCCGGCCUUCUGCCCAGCGGUGCCACUGAGAAGGGACAGGACCCUUGGAGGUACCUGUGAGGAGAGGGGAGCAGGACCUCUCCCUCCUCCAGAUUCCUACCCUCUCGUCCCAGCCCCCUGCGAACUUUCAUCCCCAAGUGGAGCCUGGAUAGGGCGGGGGUGCUGGGUGAAAGACAAGGGGGUGAUCUGUGAGUCCCAUGUAAAUUUGUACAUUGGAGUAUUUAUGUUUGUGUACAUAUUUGGCGUGUGUGUAUGAUGAGCCAAUAAACCUGACCGUGUGUGGC